AUGGACGGUGCAGAUAAGGAGACGAGGUCGGACACCUCGCAGAAUGAUACCAUACUUGAACAGCAGGCCUCUCGUCCGGAAAGCCGCGUCGGUCGCGUGCUAAGCCGGAUCGCAUCGGUGCCAACUACACAUCCCGGGCCCCCACCCGAUGGAGGUUACUCGGCCUGGAUGGCUGCCCUUAGCGCUCAUUUCAUUUUCAUGGACACAUGGGGGUUCAUCAACUCCUUCGGAGUCUUCCAAACAUAUUAUGUCGAAUUACUCAAGAGGCCGCCUUCAGACAUUUCUUGGAUUGGUUCCUUCCAAGUCUUCCUCCUCUUUUUCAUCGGUGCCUUUUCGGGUAGAUUCACCGAUGCAGGGUAUUUCCGGCCUCUUUUCCUUUGCGGGUCUUUCUUGAUUCUCUUGGGCACUUUUGCGACAUCAUGGUGUACGCAGUACUGGCAGAUUUUCCUAGCCCAUGGAAUCUGCGUUGGACUCGGAAACGGCCUCACGUUUUGCCCGUCAUUGGCGGUACUGUCUACCUAUUUUGAUAAGAGAAGAGCAUUGGCCAUCGGAAUUGCUGCUGUGGGCAGCGCCUCAGGUGGUUUGGUAUUUCCGAGUACCGUCCGGCAAAUGCUUCCUCAAGCCGGCUUCCCCUGGGCUAUGCGCACACUCGGCUUUAUUCAGCUGGUGACUCUCACUAUCGGGUUCAUCUUCUUGAAACCUCGGCUACCGCCACGCAGAAAAGCCCAGCUAGUGGAGCUGUCCGCCUUCAAGGAAGCAGAAUAUUCGUUCUAUGCUGCUGGAGGCUUCUUCUCCUUCAUGGGUGUUUACUUCGCCUUCUACUAUAUUGCCUCGUACAGUCGAGACGAGCUUUCCUUCUCAUACACCAACUCACUAAACCUGCUUCUGAUUCUGAACGGUAUCGGGUUCAUUGGGCGUCUGGUACCUAACUGGUUUGCCGACAAAGUGGGAACCAUUACCGUUUUCACCCCUAUGGCCUUUCUCUCAGGCAUUUUGACGUAUUGCUGGAUCGCUGUCAAGUCCCCAACCGGCCUCUACGUGUGGAGCGUUGUUUUUGGUAUCGUGGGAAACGCCGUACAGGCUCUUUUCCCCGCAGGCGUCAGCGCUUUAACGACGGACCCGAGCAAGCAGGGAACACGCAUAGGCAUGAUUUUCACCAUCGUCAGCUUUGCUGUUCUAAGCGGACCACCAAUUGCGGGCGCCAUCAUUACCGCCAGCGGCGGUCGAUAUUAUGGCGCUCAAGCUUUUGCUGGUAGCUGCCUCAUGAUCGGAACUAUGUUUCUGGCAUUAGCACGGAUAGUCAAAACUAAGAAGAAAGGAGAGGGGUGGUUCACAAAGAUUUAA